UGUAUUUUUAACGAUUUAUUUUCAACGGAGACUCUAAAAAAACAGCGAUUAUUCUUUUUGCUCUCUCUUUAUAACCAAGAUGAGUUUUUAUUUUUAAUCAGUUCAUAUAUUAGUGUGCUCUUACCAUUCAUUCAGACUGCAAUGUGUGAUUGUUUACGUUUAUCACACAGCUAACUGAAGCUACUCUUAUAGUCUGCACGCAUGAAACGACGAUAAAGGCUGCUUCAUUUCUUGGUUUCUCUUUUGAGUGUAUUUAAAUGCCAGACCUCUGUUCAGUGGACAGGAGGGGUGAGUCUGAGGAAUCUGGUGAUGAUGAGACCAAGAGGAAGAGUCUCAAUGGAGAGGUCGACUCCUUGCAAGCCCCUUCGACUGUACCUGAGGAGUCACCUGUUGACAUGGACACCAUAACCUUAGAUCCAGAUGAAGAGGAUGUGGAUCUGGUCCACUGUCGCAUUGGGAAGAUUGAGGGUCUGGAGGUUCUUCGGAAGGCAAAGACGAUUUCUCUUAGGCAAAACCUCAUCAAACACAUUGAGAACUUGGACAGCCUCGUCUCAUUGAGGGAACUCGAUUUUUAUGACAACCAGAUCCGCAAACUAGAGAAUCUUCAGGCCCUAACAGAGCUUGAGCAGCUAGAUGUAUCAUUCAACUUAUUGAGGAAGAUCGAGGGAUUGGAGUGUCUCACAAAAAUCAAGAAGCUCUUCUUGCUUCAUAAUAAGAUUACAAGCAUUGCCAACCUCGAUCAACUGACGAGCCUCCAGAUGCUUGAGCUGGGGUCUAACCGCAUCAGGGUUAUUGAGAAUCUGGAUUCUCUUACUACUUUGGAGAGUUUGUUCCUUGGCACGAAUAAAAUCACUCGGCUACAGAACCUUGAUGGAUUGCACAGUCUGACGGUUCUCAGUAUCCAGAGUAACCGCAUCACGAAGUUGGAAGGACUGCAGAAUCUUGGGAAUCUGCGAGAACUUUACUUGAGUCAUAAUGGCGUUGAAGUCAUUGAGGGCCUGGAGAACAACAAAAAGCUGACAACUUUGGAUAUCGCUGCGAACAGGAUAAAAAAGAUUGAAAAUAUCAGCCAUUUGACUGAAUUAAAAGAAUUUUGGAUGAAUGACAACCAAAUUGAUAACUGGGCAGACUUGGACGAACUCAAGAACGCCAAAGGUCUAGAGACUGUCUAUCUGGAGAGAAACCCUUUGCAGAAGGACCCUCAAUACAGACGCAAGAUCAUGUUGGCUCUUCCCAGUGUCAGGCAGAUAGAUGCCACCUUCAUCCGUUUCUGAUCAUCCACCUCAUUGUGCCCUCCCUCACCCAAACCAUCCACAGCAUAUUAUAAACGCACCACUACCAUAUUACCCUCAUGCACCUCAUGGACACCGUAUGCCCUAUUUAUCUCUUUUAUUUACUUUUUAACAACAA